ACCAAAAUAUUAGUCAUCCUACAAUGGGCUGUGGGAGAUCGGCUCUACUCGGAGAAUCUUCUUGCAGCUGUUUAGAGAGCCGAAGAUAGGACCAAGACAUCGGACCGAGUCAAUGACGGUGUCCUGUCGGCUUUUUGUCCUGCGCUCCUCGGCGCGGUGUCUGCCAGUCUGCUGUGCACAGUGCGUAAAUGCGGUCGGAGUAGAGGAACAAAAAGGCCUCAGAGGAGCACUUUUAAUGUUGAAAUUCAGCCAGUGUCAGGCAUCGUGGCAGUGAACCGAUUUCUUCACAGUUCCCCCCCGGCGGAUGGAGUGAGUUGUGCAAAAGGGGAAAGAGACAGACCGCAGUUUGGUUGCGUGUGAUGAUAGGAGACACAAUGACGCUCUUGUCUCUUCUGGGUCGGAUCAUGCGUUAUUUUCUCCUCAGGCCGGAGACGUUGUUUCUGUUGUGCAUAAGUCUGGCGCUGUGGAGUUAUUUCUUCCACACCGACGAGGUGAAAACCAUCGUCAAGUCCAGCCGGGACGCCGUGAAGAUGGUGAAGGGGAAAGUGGCCGAGAUGAUGCAGAAUGACCGGCUGGGAGGCCUCAGUGUCCUGGACGCAGAGUUCUCCAAGACCUGGGAGUUCAAGAACAACAACGUGGCCGUGUACUCCAUACAGGGGAGGCGAGAUCACAUGGAGGAUCGCUUCGAGGUGCUCACCGACAUCGCCAACAAGAGCCACCCGUCCAUAUUCGGUAUAUUUGACGGCCACGGUGGAGAGGCUGCAGCUGACUAUGUGAAGGCCCACCUGCCGGACUCCCUAAAGCAGCAGCUGCAGGCCUUUGAGAGAGAGAAGAGAGAGAGCACUCUCUCUUACGGCAGCAUCCUCGAGCAGCGCAUCCUGACUGUGGAUCGAGAGAUGCUGGACAAGCUCUCUGCCAACCACGAUGAAGCAGGAACGACAUGUCUAGUAGCCCUGCUUUCUGACAGAGAACUCACAGUGGCCAACGUUGGCGACUCUCGCGGCGUGUUGUGUGACAAAGAUGGAAACGCUGUCGCACUAUCACACGACCACAAGCCGUACCAGCUGAAAGAGCGCAAGAGGAUCAAGAGGGCAGGAGGUUUCAUCAGUUUUAAUGGAUCCUGGAGAGUUCAGGGGAUCCUGGCUAUGUCCCGCUCUCUCGGGGACUACCCACUUAAAAACCUCAACGUAGUCAUCCCCGACCCUGAUAUCAUGACCUUUGACAUGGACAAGUUGCAGCCAGAGUUCAUGAUCCUGGCAUCAGAUGGCCUGUGGGACGCUUUCAGCAACGAGGAGGCCGUUCGGUUCGUCCGCGAGCGUCUGGACGAGCCUCAUUUCGGCGCCAAGAGCAUCGUCCUCCAGUCUUUCUACCGCGGUUGCCCCGACAACAUCACCGUCAUGGUGGUGAAGUUCAAAAGUGGAGGUGCUGGGAGCAGCAAAGCGGGGGAGUAGGUCAGGGGGCAAGUUUAGAGCUCACAUUGUGAUCAAUGUUUUCAAUGAUAUUCCAAAUCUUCUGGGUGGAGCAGUGAGUGUGAUAUCACAGGAGGACCGGAGGAAGUUUAAGUAUGGACACUGAGAACUCAACAAGUGCAUACACAUACAGACACACGGGCAAAAAUGUGUAAAAAAUUAUAAUGUAAUGUUUUGUUUUGUUUGCAGGUUUCUGAUUGAGAUAAGGGAAUUUGAACACAGUAGACAUCUCAAAGUCAUCUGUUCACUUAAUGAUGAAUACAUAAAAAUACUGAAAACAGAGAAGAUGCAUAAACACAGGAGAUAAGGGAUUUCUCUUAACCAGCCCAUAUUAGACUGUGAUUGAAUAACUACUGUUUCCUUUACACGCACUUAAAUGGCACAGCUCCACUGGAGGCUUCUUCAAAGAAGGCUUCAACUAGUGCCUACUUCAGAAUUACUGUACAACCACAGGAAGCUACUGAAAAUGCAUUUGCCAUUACACCAACCUUGCUGCAUUUGGAUGAUGUUCUCGAUUAAUGUAUGCCACUUUCAAAGUUUUUACCUGGAAAAUGUUGUCAAAUAUAAAAAGACUCCAGUGGAUCCAUACCUUUAUUUACCUUGAAGUGAUGCUGCACCUAAAAUCUAACUCUUAAGAAUCAAACAUUUACCGCCUGUGGACCUAAGGGUAGCUCUUAACCAUAGUUUCACCCUCUGGAUGCAGUCAGUUUGAAACAGUGUCACAGUGGGAAAGAACAUGCAUAAAUAGGAAUUUACAGCUGUGAUUGGCCAGCAGCUCUAUUGGCAGGACUUUGACCAAUCACAGCUCCCACUACUGCUCUGUGGGUUUCAUUAAAGUUUCAUUAAACUUUGUGGUGCUUGCACAUCUUUGAAUUUGUGUCUGUUUUCAGUGAAAACAGACACAAAAUGGAAAUUGUAAAUGUUUAAGCAGGGAACUUUUGAAUUUUGAGAUGGAAUGUGAAAAGCAGACACGUGAGUAAUUGGAAUAAUAAAGAAAAAAAUGAAAAGCCUUUUUUUUAAGUAAUGUGAUUCCAUUUAAACAUGCAAUAACGUAUUAAUUAUUUAAAGAUGACAGUUAACAGGUUAAGUAAUACAAAAAUGUAUGAUUUACAAAAACUUUUGUAAAUUUACAGGGUUGGUCUUGCCACUUUUUUCAUUGAAGGCUGAAACUGUAAACAUUUUACUUCCACUUUUCAAGUUUAAGGUUAGAGAUACUCAGAAGAGAGAUUCCGGGUGGAGUAUUACUUCAACAUACAACACAUGCACACAGAAACAAACAGUUAUAUAAAAAAAUGCACUUUUCAGUUAUUUACUUUUUAGAGUGAUGAAUUCUUCCAUAUCAGCCAAUGUAAACGCUUUAUAUCCUCAGUAGUACAAGAGGGUUUUAAUGUAUGUAGAGCCUGAUUUAGUUCCUGACCUUCACCGCUUGGUACUACAGUUUGAUGGAGCUAAAGCAAACUGUUCCAUCAAAGUUGUUUUACACCAUCUGUAUCAGGGCAUGUGCUUCUGCUUAUCCAUGUUCAUUAACAAAGUACAUACAAUGUUACCAUGGACACUGGUGGCUGCCUUUGACCUGGGAAACGCAUGAAACAGGAGGUGCAACGGACAACCCCCACCCCCACCUGAAGAAAAGGACUAAAAGGUGACACAUCAACUGGAAUGCUAGUAGCUAGUACUAUGAUAUGCUCCUGCAGCAAUACAACAACAACCUGUUGAGGAAGGUUACAGUAAACAUAAUUGGCUGCUGAUUCAUGUUCAACUACAUUUCACCACUGUGUUUCAUGACCUUUGCAUCAAUUGAGAGAUGCCUUUUUUAUUUAACAGUUUACCUUAUGCCUUAUUUAUUGUUGAGUGUUUGGGUGUGUCUGGCGGAAUGCCAAAUCAAUAUAUACUGUAUAAUAUUUUUUGACCUUCUGUAAAUAACCCAUCACUGUUUUUUCAAAAAGCA